AAUUGAUACAAAAGGUGUCCAUAAAAUCCAAAAAUCUACUUCACUAUGAAAAAAUAUUCUCUAUAUAAAAUAUAUACCAUUUAAUUCAUAAUGUUGUGUUAGAAAUUUGUUGAAAAUAAAGCAACUGAGUCAUGCAAAAACAUUCUGAUAACUGGGUCGUUUUAAAUAAUCAUAAAAUUUUUAAAAGCAAAUUGGUAGAUGUUUAUACAAUCGAUAUUAGGGCAGAAAAUGUAUUGUGAUUGAGAUGAUUUCAAUUUGACUGAGCCUGAUCAUAAAGUUCUCCUAUUCCACUAUAUGAUUUGAUAAGACACUUGGUUCUUGGAUUGAAUCGCCUCACCAAGAAACAUAAAAAAGGCAACACAUGGUCAUUUGUUGCAAGAAGUUGAUAAUAAGAAACUGCGUAUUUCAACAACAGAUCAGUAAAUUUUGUGAAAUGAAAGUUCUACAAAUUAGUACAAUCAGUCUUGCACUUGGCUUUUGGUAAAAGAGUAUGUAUUCGGGCUACUUAGUGAACCAAAUUUGGUGUAAUCUUUAGGCAUGCCUAAUCCAAAAUUCAUUUUAGUAUGUGUAUUUUGUGUUUUUUUUCUUUUUUUCAGCGGUGAUGCCAAACAAUACAUAUGAGAAAAGAAAACAACGAUGGGAAUAAUGGACUUGACAGAAACACUUUUUAUUUAAAUAUGUAGAAAAAUAUUUGAUAAAUGAUUACUGUAAAAUGGAAAUAGCAGAUAAAGUGGCUUCCUUGAUCUUCUCUAAAUAUGAUGAAAUUGAUAAAAAAGGGAAGCCAGAAGCUGGCAGAGAAUGGACGUUGCUCUCUGGGUUUGUGUUUGAGUUGAAUGGCAAUUUCAAAGUUGUUUCUCUUGCCACAGGUACAAAGUGUUUAGGCAAAUCCCAAGUCUGUCAGAAAGGGACAACUGUCAAUGAUAGUCAUGCUGAGGUGUUAGCUCGAAGAGGUUUAAUAAGAUAUUUAUUGUUUGAGGUCAAAGAAACAAAACAAACUACGAGUUCCUUCGUUUUCACUGGGAUAUCACCUGGUGGUAAAUGUGUAUUUAAAAAUGGUUUAAAGUUGCAUUUUUUCACAAGCCAUGUUCCUUGUGGAGAUGCUUCAAUAAUUGAUAUGCCAGUCGAGAAGAUUGGUGAGAAGCGAGUUUUGAAUGAUGAAAAAGAAUUAAAUAAAGAAGCUAAAAGAAUUAAAUUAGAUAUACACAGAACCGGUGCUAAGCCAUUAAAGCACAGUCCUAUCCAAGAUCCAAAGCAAGAGGGUCAAAAUUAUCAUAAAAGAGGUGCUGUAAGGACAAAACCUGGCAGAGGUGAUCCGACUGACUCUCUUUCCUGUUCUGAUAAAAUUGCACGCUGGAUUUUCACCGGUGUUCAGGGUGCUCUACUUUCUCACUUGGUUGAUAGAAAUUUGCAUAUAAAUUCAGUCAUAAUUGGUGGUGGAUGUCAAUACGAUGAAAUUAUAAUUAAGGGAUCAUUAGUUGGAAGAGCUUUGUGUGCUUCCUCGCCAAGCUUUUAUCAGUCUCGGUUUGUUUUCAAAGAUUCAAAACAGGCUACAAAGGCACAAAAGCCAUGUCCAAAGAGCAUCAUCUGGACAUUGGUCAAUGGCGAGCAACACAUUGAAGUUGGAGUUGAAGGGCGAAAGCUGGGUGCAACAAAGAAGAACUGGCUUAAAAGCUGUCUUACAAUUUCAAGAAGGGAAUUGUUCAAAGAAUUCCUGUCGGUUGGUGGUGAAAAAUUUAUAAAAAUGAGUUAUAAGGAGGUGAAAAAUUCCGCUGACGAUUAUAAGAAACUGAGUGAUAAAUUCAAAUGUCUUAUGGGAACCUGGGCUGUGGAUAAAUCCCAAAUGCAAAAUUUCAGCAUUUCCACUCUGGAUUAAAUGGUUUUUAGGUUCUAAUAAAGCCAAUUUUUUGAAAUAUUUGUGUAUGGUUGAUCUCUAUUUUAUUUGUAUUUAUUCAUUCUUUUUUAAGUUUUA